UCUUUCGUAAGGCCCCACCCCGGGCGGCCUGUUUUUCGCCCCCGAGCUCCCCCAACUACCGCAAAGACGGUUACAGCGCUCGGAGCUAGGCGCGAUGGGGCUUCCUGAGGAGCGCGGCCGGAGCGGCAGUGGCAGCGGGGGCCGGGAGGAGGCUGGCGCGCGGAGCCGGGCGCGGAGUUGGUCGCCGCCGCCCGAGCUCAGCCGCUCCGCGCACGUCUCCUCGCUGCAGCGCUACCGCGAGCUGCACCGAGUCUCCGUGGAGGAGCCGCGAGAGUUUUGGGGAGACAUUGCCAAGGAAUUUUACUGGAAGACCCCUUGUCCUGGCCCAUUCCUCAAGUACAACUUUGAUGUGACUAAAGGAAAAAUAUUCAUUGAGUGGAUGAAAGGAGCAACUACCAACAUCUGUUACAACGUACUGGAUCGAAUUGUCCACGAGAAAAAACUUGGUGACAAAAUUGCUUUUUACUGGGAGGGCAAUGAGCCAGAGGAGACUACCCAAAUCACAUAUCAUGAACUUCUGGUCCAAGUGUGCCAGUUCAGCAAUGUUCUCCGAAAACAGGGCAUCCGGAAGGGUGACCGAGUGGCCAUCUACAUGCCCAUGAUACCAAAGCUUGUGGUAGCAAUGCUGGCAUGUGCUCGCCUUGGGGCUCUCCACUCCAUUGUGUUUGCAGGCUUUUCUGCAGAGUCUCUAUGUGAGCGGAUCCUGGAUGCCAGUUGCAGCCUCCUCAUCACUGCAGAUGCCUUCUACAGGGGGGAAAAACUUGUGAAACUGAAGGAACUGGCUGAUGAGGCCCUGGAGAAGUGUCGGGAGAAGGGUUUCCCCGUGAGAUGCUGCAUUGUGGUCAAGCACCUGAGGAGGUCAGAGCUGGGAACAGGUGACUCUCUCAGUCAGGCCCCCCCAAUUAAGAGGCCAUGUCCGGAUGUGCAGGGUAAGCUGAAAGAAAAACCCAAGUGCAUCCUGCCCCAGAUAUCCUGGAAUGAGGGGGUUGACCUGUGGUGGCAUGAACUCAUACACGAGGCAGAGGAUGAGUGUGAGCCUGAGUGGUGUGAUGCCGAGGACCCGCUCUUCAUCCUGUACACCAGUGGCUCCACGGGCAAACCCAAGGGUGUGGUACACACAGUUGGAGGCUACAUGCUCUAUGUGGCCACAACCUUCAAGUACGUGUUUGACUUCCAUGCAGAGGAUGUGUUCUGGUGCACAGCAGACAUUGGCUGGAUCACUGGCCAUUCCUAUGUCACCUAUGGACCAAUGGCUAACGGUGCCACCAGUGUUUUGUUUGAGGGGAUCCCCACAUACCCGGACGUGAGCCGCAUGUGGAGUAUUGUGGACAAGUACAAGGUGACCAAGUUCUACACAGCACCUACAGCUAUCCGCCUGCUCAUGAAGUUUGGAGAUAAGCCUGUCACCAAGCAUAGCCGGGCAUCCUUACAGGUACUAGGCACAGUAGGAGAACCCAUCAACCCUGAGGCCUGGUUGUGGUACCACCAGGUAGUAGGUGCCCAACGCUGCCCUAUUGUGGACACCUUCUGGCAGACAGAGACAGGUGGCCAUAUGCUGACCCCGCUCCCUGGUGCAACACCCAUGAAGCCUGGUUCUGCUACCUUUCCAUUUUUUGGUGUAGCUCCUGCAAUCCUGAAUGAGUCUGGGGAAGAGUUGGAAGGUGAAGCGGAAGGUUAUCUGGUGUUCAAGCAGCCCUGGCCAGGGAUCAUGCGCACCGUCUAUGGGAAUCAUGAACGCUUUGAGACCACCUACUUUAAGAAGUUCCCUGGGUACUACGUGACAGGAGAUGGUUGCCGGCGAGACCAGGAUGGCUAUUACUGGAUCACUGGCAGGAUUGAUGACAUGCUGAAUGUAUCUGGACACCUGCUGAGCACGGCAGAGGUGGAGUCAGCACUUGUGGAACAUAAGGCUAUCGCAGAGGCAGCCGUGGUCAGCCACCCUCAUCCUGUGAAGGGCGAAUGCCUCUACUGCUUUGUCACCCUGUGUGAUGGCUAUACCUUCAGCUCCACUCUCACCGAGGAGCUCAAGAAGCAGAUUAGAGAAAAGAUUGGCCCCAUUGCCACACCGGAUUACAUCCAGAAUGCACCUGGCUUGCCUAAAACCCGCUCAGGGAAAAUCAUGAGGCGGGUGCUUCGGAAGAUCGCUCAGAAUGACCAUGACCUGGGAGACAUAUCUACUGUGGCUGACCCAUCUGUCAUUAGCCAGCUCUUCAGCCACCGCUGCUUGACUGUCCAGUGAACAAGACGGCUCUUUAUCCCGGACUCCCCCCUGCUUGCCUUUCCAAAGUUUUGCCCACCCUCCCUGCCCCUAUCCAGGAGUGCUAAGGGCCAGGGCUGACCCACACGGAGGACCAGCUUUACCCCUGGGUGGAGGCAACUUUCUGUGACUACCAGGAAGAUAGGACAGGACCCAGGUCAGUAUCAGGCUGCAGUGCUUUCAAAGAGGUCUUGGAGCCUAGAAUAGGGUGAAGGUCAUGUCCCUAACCCAAACUGAGUGUUCGGAAAGCAAGUGAGGGCCUAGACUGAAGAAGCAGGUAGGCAGCUCUGUAAUCCUGUCAACUCUCAGGAAGCACCAGUACUUAUCGUGGGCAUGCACUUACCCUUAGAAACACCUUUGUAUGAGACCUGGAAUAAUUAUUACUUUUAAAAACACUUUGCUUCUUCUGCUCUGGGUCUUUUGUGCCAGAUGGCAGUGCUUGCCUGCCCAUUUGCUCCAGGGGCUGUGCAAGCAGGCUGUUUCCAGAUGGUUUUCAGAUCAUUUGCUUCUUUGCAAGAGUAAAUGUGUUUUAUUCCUAGGGCCAGAGGAACUUGUCUUCCUUGCCCUCUGUUCCCACCCUCAUCUGAACACAGUUGUGCCCAUGACAGACACUCUCAAAUGAAACUCUUUCCUUGCCUUGGUUCUGCUCAAGCCCUGUGGUUGUUGGAAUAAAGUCUGUGACCUCAAGAA